ACCCUUUUGUUAAGCAUCUCGCAGCAUUUACUUGCGAAAGUUUUUCUUCUCUUACGAUUCCCGAAAGUGAUGUUGAUUACCUGCUUCUAGUUUGGCAAAAGUUUGUUGCCAACUGUUAUUCUUAUAAAAUAUUGGAUACUGUAGAGCAAAGUUCUCCGGAGGUUGCAAAGGCGUACAUCAAUUUGAAACUUAAAGGCGUGGAAAGUGGUCUUGACGAUAUACUUGAUCAUCAAGAAAUACUAUUAGACCAAUUGGAAAAAUUUGCAUGUGUUGCGCGCUGUCAAUACGCCGUCGUCUGGCCUUACAUAACUGAAGUCUUCAGCAGUUUAUACAAUUCUUAUUCUGUGUCACGUGGCUCCAAUGAGAUCGUUAAAAGGCAGUUGGCUUGCUUGGUGUUCAUGGCCGCUUCUAUUCUUAGUACUCGGCCAGUGACUAUUACUUCUCCUAAAUCGGAAUCCAUGGAUGGCGAAUUGGCUUGCACCGUACUAAGAUUGAUGAGCAUUGCUGCCGAUAUGCAAACGAGCUGCGAGCCUCUUGAAAUUGCCUUUCUAACUUAUCUUACAAACUUUAGUAAAGCUUUUAUUGGCACUCCAGUCCUUCGAACUUCUAAAUUAUUUUCUUUGCUUGCUGAAAGUCUUAACCUUCCUGACCAGCUGACGGUGUUGGAUGCUUUUGUUAAUAAAAUCUUAAAAAACUUGAAAGUCUUCUUUAAUAAUAAAACGAUAAUAAAAGAAACGCUGAAGACCUUUACUGAGCUUUCCAUGGGCUAUAGUUUCGGCCAUAUGCUCGUUAAACUUGAUACCAUUCAGUAUUUGCUACGGAAUCAUGCCGAAUCUUUAGAGUUUUUUAGUUUUCCUCAACGCUUAAAUCUGAGGACGGACUACUAUUCUGCCCUCUCUAGAAUUCUUUCUACUUAUAUUGAUUGCGAAGCUGAAAACGAUAUGCUUGAGUACUUUAUGCUUACUUUUGAUCGUGCUUUUCAAAAUCUUUGUUCCAUUUUCCAACCGCGCGAUUAUAGUUUAUUAAAAAAUGAUAAUUCAGUGAAGAGUACUGUCAUUGAAGUGGCCCGAAGUUUGACCGGCCUCUUGGUAGUUACUGAAAAUAAAGAAAUGUUCAUGUGCUAUUUUGAUUACAUUUUUCCGCACUAUACUAAUGUUCUUCAAGAGGCCAUGAAUAUAUGGAUGGAUGACGUGGACGUCACUUUUCCCAUUCUUAAAUUUUUUGGAGAGCUCGUCAGCAAUCGGAAACCGCGAAUCGAAUUCGAAGUCACCAGCGUGAAUGGCAUUCUACUUUUUAGACAGCUCAGUCAAAUCAUUUCGGGUUUUGUUGCCUUUUUGUUAUCUUCUCAGUUUAGUAACGACUCUUCGCAGGAGAGCCAGAAAAAUCGAUAUCGCGGAGUGUUGUACUCGAUCAACAUCCUUGUGCAUACACUUGGCGCGAAGUUUGUCAAUUUUGGCGCCUUCAAGCUUUAUGGAGACGAAGCAUUGGACAAAGUUUUGAAUGUCUUUUAUCAAGUCAUAUCAACGUUUCAACUUGAUUGGAUUUUGAGUUUUAAUAAACUUGCGAAGGCGUACUACAGUCUUGUGGAAGUGUUAGCAGCUGAUCAUAUCUACUACUUGGCGACGCUCGAUAGUAAUGCCUUCCAUUAUUUUAUCAACUCAAUAUCAGAAGGAUUCGCUUUAAUGGGACGAAGUAGUUCGAAUGAUGAACUCGCAGUGAAAUGCUGUCACGCUUUGGAUUCCUUAAUUUCUCAUGCCGUUAAAUGCUUAAAAAAGAAGACUAAUCAAGUAGACACCGGCUUAAUUUUAGCCAUUGAGAGUUGCAAAGAGCUGCUGGUGCAAAUGCUAAAAGUCAUGCUUAAUGCAGUAAUCUUUGAGGAGUGCAAGAUUUAUUGGUCGCUCUCGAGGCCGAUGUUGGCCAUCAUCAUACUUAAUAAAAAAUAUUUUGAUGAAGCCAAGAAUUACGUUAUUGAGCAGCAAUCCAAUGAAAGACAACCGAUGUUCCAUAAACUUUUUGAUGAGUUGAUGAACGGGCUCGAUGGCUCCCUUUCUCAAAGGAACCGAAAUCAGUUUAAUAAGAAUAUUAAUUCGUUUCGAAGGGACGUUACUAACUUUACUAAGACGGCUCCUCCGGAGGAAGAGGGCGCUAUUAUUGGGGAGAGCGAUAGUAUUAUGAUAUUCUAA